CAGUACCUUUAUCCAGUGACAAAUGUAGCUGCCAGAUUCUUCCCAAAUGCGCCUGGGGGGAAAUGCAAUGCAUUGUCAACAUGCAAGAGUCUCUUGUGCGGGGAAUCAGAUGCUAGAGUACUUUUAAUUGCCAAAUCAAUGCCUCGAGGUGUUCCAAAAAUCGUACAUUCCAUAUUGUGAUCGAUUACGUCAGCACAUGCGUCAUGUUUUUGUACAGAGAUCGCUCGCUCUGUGAGGGCAUGUUGGAACACCUUUUUUCAUUAUCGGGCUCGCCAGACCUGACACGACUCCAACAAAUUGCCUUGACCGUCUUGGACUUGGCGGCAACAGAAAAACGAAUCCCUACGACAUGCAUCCCUCUGUCGCCGAAAUGUAUCUACCCAACGACCAAACAUCCGUCCAGCUCGAAUCGCUCGAACUCGAAGCGCUCAAAAGAGACAAUCAAGUACUUUUACCCAUCCCAUCCUCUCCUUCCUCCGUACCGUCACCACCACCACCAUCACCACCGCCACCACCACCGUCAGUAUCAGGACACAAAAAAAAGUGCAUGUGCCUCCAUACCCUCCUGUCCACCCCUCUCGUUGCCCAUAUCCUCACUACCCUCCGCAACCCACUCUACGCCCACCGUCUAUUGAAAUGUCUAGUCACUUUUUACGCCCUCUACAUUAUCACUUGGGUCCCAUCCGCCCGACACGCUCUCACACCCUCUCUCCUUCUCGCGCCGCUUGCUGUCGUCUUUUUCCAUCCGGGCCGGACACUUGGUGCGCAAUUGGAGUCGGUUGCGUUUGGAUUGGUGGGUGCGGGUGUGGGAGCGGCCUAUACGCUUUUGGCCUACGUUGCGAUGGCGGCUGUGCAGAGAAAUGUGAGUGUUGGGUUUUGGAGGGGGGUGGUGGGUGUCAUUGUGUUUUGUUUGCCAGUGUUUUGUUUCAGUGCGUUGAGGAGUUUGGUGCCGAGGUUGAGGAUCUUUUCGACAUUGGGUCUUUUGGUCAUUAUACUCAAUGUCAUUCGCGGGUACGAUGAUCCGUCUGUCAACACCCAAACCGUAUGGUAUGCCAUCGUUCCUUUCCUAUUUGCAGGGGGUGUGUCCCUUGUUGGGAGCAUCGCCCUGUGGCCCGAAACGGCCAACAGUCAAUUACGACACGAACUUGUCUCCAUCACGGAUUCCAUUACAAAGUGCUUGGACGCCCAAGUCACCCUCUUUAUCCACACCUGCCAUCCUCUCCCAACUCCCCCGACACCACCCCUCGACACGAUCCUCUCCACCCUCCCCCGUCUCAAAACCCUCAAAAACGAAGCAACGCACGAAUUAACGGGAGGAUACUACACCCGGACCCAACUCCGUGCACUCAUCCGAUCCAUCCGAACCCUUGCGAGGCAUUUGGAGGGCAUGCAAGCCGGUGUCCUCGGCACCCGAUGCGCACAAGGUCCCUUUUUACCCGUCUUGGAUCGCUUUAUUCAAGACUUGAACCCCGCGUUACGCCUUCUUGUUGAAUCCUGUCAACGCGAUUUGGACCGUCUACGUACCCUCUUUACAUGCCCUCACCUCGAUAUUACAUUUAAACCCUCCACCCUUUCCACCGUCCUUCCAGUCUUUGUCCGCGUUCAACGAAAAGCAAUGGAACGCCUCUCACUGUUGCAAAAUAAGGACCCCCUCGCAACUGAACCCUUGUACAGAACCUGUUUUUUUGUAUUUAGUUUAAUGCGGUUUGCGGAAACACUUUUAGAUAUGCUCCCUCUCCUAUCCGAUAUGCAACAAUCAAAGAAAUUCCGAAUUUACCUCCCUUCUUCUUCGCUAUUUUAUCGUUCCAAACCCCUUCCUCCCAUCUCAUCCACUCGCCCAAACAUUACCUACGACCCUCCCCCGCGCACCCUCCGUCAACGCAUCGUGUAUGGUGUACAAGAUGUAUUGAAUUCUCCACAUGUCAGGUUUGGAUUGCGGAAUGCUUUUGCGGCUCUAGUGGCUGCUUUGCCUGGUUAUGUUGAGAGUACUCGGGACUGGUAUAUGCGGAUACAGGGGUACUGGGUGUUGUUUACGAUUGUCGUGUUGGUCUAUCCAACCCUCGGAGCAACAUGGCCCAUGGCCAUGUAUCGUAUCCUCGGAACGAUUUCAGGAGCACUAUGGGGAUUUAUUUCAUGGGUGAUUGCACCAGAGAAUCCAUACAUUAUUUCCGUCCUGCUUUUACCAUUUGCGAUUGGGUGUUGGUAUGUUAUUCUUUUCACUGGGUAUUCCUAUGCAGGCGUAGUAGGUCUCUUGACGCACAUCAUCGUCAUAUUCGAAUACCCAACCUACGUCCCCCAAGCCGACCGCAGUAUCUUUUCCUACGCCCUCGCACGAUGCAUCACCGUCCUCAUUGGCUCUAUUAUAGCCGUUUUGGCUUCUUGGCUCAUUUUUCCGCAACUUGCCCGCAAACUCGUUCGAUAUGCCAUUGCAACUACUUGUCGCGAUUUAGGCCAAAUUUAUGAAAUGGAGAUGGUAUGGUUAGUUGAAAAAGCCCGUAAUGUUGAUAUACCGAGUCAACCUCCCACUACGACAACAACAACAACAACAACAACAACACAUCAUCGUCCACAUCACCUCGUCACCACCAUCCAACAAUCCCUAUCAAAUCUUAAAUUACUCUUAAUCCCCCAAGCUACAAAAGAACCCGAUUUGGAACCACCCCCCUUUUCUCCAUCAACCUACACAACCCUCGUUACGCACCUCCAAACAAUCCUUACGAUCCUCUCCGCCAUGCGAGACGUCAGUGAAACGUGGUACACCCAAGACCAACAGCAAGGUGUUUUAAGGUUUUUAGGGUUGAUUCGAAGAGAACGCCGAUACCUUGUUUCCUCUAUUACGACAUUAUUGUAUAUCCUUUCGGGGGCGUUGGUCACUAGGACACCCUUACCGGCUUAUAUUCCCUCCCCCCAUCAAGAUUUGGAUACACUUCAUCAGGCGCUUUUGAGGGUUAUGGAGAAAGAGUGUGGAAUACCGCCUUCUCAACGGGUUUUUGUGUAUGCUUUUGCGCUUGGGAAUCGGUUGAUUGUUGCGGAGGUUGAGGGGCUUGUUGAGUAUGUUGAGCGGGUGGUGGGGAGGGAGAGGGUUGUGUUUGGGUUCCAGGAGGGGAGUGCUGGGAACGCGGUUGAACAUGUUGAGAUGAAUGUUGACUCGCGUGAUGCUCCUCAUUCAACGACAGUAGAGAAACAAGAGAAUGGAGGUGAUGACAUUCCCCCUUGUUCUUCAUCAUCAUCUACAAUCUUGAUUGAAUGGAAUGGUUGGAAACGAAACCCAGACCUAGUCGGAAUAGGAUGGUAAAAAAUACAUUAUAUAAAAACAAAAAAAGAAAACCAUUUGUUGAACAAUUUUUUACACUC